AUGAUGUAAGUCUGAAGACAACCAAUGAGAAAAUUCUUACAAAGUUUGGAAGACCUGCGAGCUGCCCUGAAGUCAGGAUAAAACAGGUGAGUCAACAGAAGAAAUAUGAGAAUCGUGUCAUGGUUUAUCCUUAACAUUGGUUGCAUUUUGAAAUACUACUGUGUCUCUAUAGACUGAAAUAUUCCUAACUGUACAUGCAUUCUGUGACAAAGUUCCAAAGCUCUAUUGAAUGUAUUACUGGCUAUGGAAAUUAUAGAAUUGAUCCAGAACAGUCCACAUUUUUAUUUCUGAUUGAUGGCAUUUUUUCAAAUCUCCCAGGGCCCUUGGUUGCAUAAUUCUGUUCUCUUGUAAUACAUGUAUGCGUCUGCAGAUGGCUCCUCUGUCUUGAGUAACAUCAUACAGCUGUAAUAGGGUAGUAAGUCCUUGAAAAGACUUCCCCUUCCACAUGUCAAGGCCAGCUGACUGCUGCUGAGUAUAUGGAAGUAGUGGUCUUUUAACAGUAUGAUCCUGUCUGAUCUCAUGAGUCAUGUUUCGCAAGGCUUUUUUCCUCUGCUACAUGAAAGUGGACCGGGAUGUUCUCAGGUCAGAUAAGGCAGUGUGGCACUAUAGAGACAAACCUCAAAGUCUACCCUCCUGGAGGUCCCUUGAUGUCUAAGUUCUACACUACAUAUUUUUAGAAAUGACAGUACACUUCUUGUUUCAAUGCCAGCACUUGUAGGCACUUCUUCAUGUUCCGAUGUAGGUGGAGAGUAUCUCACAUGGAGGCAGUGCUUCGCAGAUGCCCUUUCCUCUCUUUGGCACCCAGUUUCCUGCAUUUGGCAGUUCAUUCAUCGCUGGUGAGCUAUGCCCACAAGUGUCCUAUGAUUACAGACCUUGUCUCAGGAUCAUUAGUCCAAGGUCUGUCCUCUUCCGCCUCUUUGGAAAACCGCUCACCAACCAGGCCAAAAUGUGAAGUAAAGUUGCCUCCAGGCCACCCUAUGCCACUUGCUGGAGUCUCCAAGUGCCCUUUCUUGGCAGCUGAGAUGGUACAGACAGACAAUAAAGUAUUGAGAGAAGCCAGCAUGGAAAUGCAGGAGGACGUCACAAAAAUGCACACUUUCCAAACUGGAACAUGUGAUAUGGAUUUAACAAUCAUGGACACUAUGGAGGCUCAGAAGACCAGUACAGUGGCUCCAAAAAAUAGUAUUAAACCCAUGGCUUCCAAAGCAUCUCACCUUUUGAAGGACAAUCUUCCUCAGGGUGUGACCUUCAAGUAUGACAGUUUUUUUGAGGACAAAAUAAUCAGCAAGAAAAGGGAUCACACUUACAGAGUUUUUAAGACGGUGAACCGACGUGCAACUUCUUUCCCCAUGGCGGACGACUGCUCAGAUUGUUUUAAUGUGAAGAAAGAUGUGUCAGUGUGGUGCAGCAAUGACUACCUCGGCAUGAGUCGCCACCCCAAAGUCAUCCAGGCUAUAAUGGAGACUUUGGAAAAUCAUGGUGCCGGUGCAGGAGGAACCAGGAACAUUUCUGGAACAAGUAAAUUCCAUGUGGACCUGGAACAUGAGCUUGCUGACCUGCAUGGCAAGGAUUCUGCUCUGCUGUUUACUUCCUGUUUUGUAGCCAAUGACUCCACAUUGUUCACUUUGGCUAAAAUGUUACCAGGUUGCGAAAUUUACUCUGAUGCUGGCAACCAUGCCUCAAUGAUUCAAGGUAUUCGAAACAGUGGUGUCAAGAAGUUUGUCUUUCGUCACAAUGAUGUCAGCCAUUUGCAAGAGCUGCUGGAGAGGUCUGACCCCUCCAUUCCAAAGAUUGUUGCCUUUGAGACGGUGCAUUCAAUGGACGGGGCUGUGUGCCCACUGGAGCAAAUAUGCGAUGUUGCCCACAAAUUUGGUGCCAUCACCUUUGUGGAUGAGGUGCAUGCUGUGGGGCUGUAUGGGUCCAGAGGAGGCGGGAUUGGCGACAGAGACAGAGUCAUGAACAAGAUUGACAUCAUCUCUGGUACCCUAGGAAAGGCAUUUGGCUGUGUGGGUGGCUACAUUGCCAGCACCAGCGCCCUAGUGGACACAGUGCGAUCCUACGCUGCAGGCUUCAUUUUCACCACUUCUCUUCCUCCCAUGCUGCUGGCUGGGGCCAAGGAGUCCAUCAAGAUUCUCAAAAGUGAAGAAGGCCAGGUGCUCAGGAGGAAACACCAAAGGAGUGUCAAGCUGCUCCGACAAAUACUCAUGGACUCAGGCCUUCCAGUCGUCCACUGCCCAAGCCACAUCAUUCCUAUCCGGGUGGCAGAUGCGCAGAAGAACACAAAGAUCUGUGACAUGAUGAUGUCCUGUUAUAACAUCUACGUCCAGGCCAUCAACUACCCCACCGUGGCUAAAGGGGAGGAACUGCUACGCAUCGCCCCCACGCCACACCAUACACCUAAGAUGAUGUACUACUUUGUUGACUGUCUGGUAAAAACGUGGAAAGAAGUGGGCUUGGAGUUGCAGCCGCACUCGUCAGCCGAGUGUAACUUUUGUCAGCGGCCUCUCCACUUCGAUUCGAUGAGUGAGCGAGAAAAGUCCUACUUCACUGGCCUCAGUCACAUGAUUUCAGCUGUAGGCUAGUAUUCACACACCACCCAUUCUUUCUUUGUCCAUUAUCCAAGCAAUUUAUUGUACUGUAUUUAAAUUGAUCUUUGAAUUGAUACCUGUGUGCUGUGCAAAUAGAUCCCUGAUGCUAUAUUUAGAAAGGGUUAGGAAAUAAAGUGAAAGUAUAUUAGUACAAUAGGAAGGCCACGCUGGAAUUUGCCAAAAAGUACAGAGAUGAACAUUUUGAGACAAAUACAGACCUGAUCAAAAUCUUAAGGCCAGUUGAAAAAUUGCUAGAAUUUGCAUGUUGCACAUUUGAAUAUUAAUGAGGUUUUAAGUAAAGCUACAAUAUGCAAAAAGAAAGAAGGGGGGAGUGAGACAAAAAACAUUUGUAACUUGUAAUUUAAACAAAAAAACAAAUAUAAAUGUUUAUCACCUGAUCAUAAGUUUAAGACCACAGGCUAUAAAGGCCAAAACCUGCUCAAAAUUUUCAUUUUCUGUCAGGCAGUCAAACUGUCAUGCCCUCCUGAUGGCUAAAACUAAGAAGCUUUCUCUUUUUAAACGUGGUUGGAUUGUAGAGCUGCAUAAGCAAGGCCUCUCGCAGCGUGCCAUUGCUGCUGAGGUUGGGAGCAGUAAGACAGUCAUUCUACAUUUUUUGAAAGAUCCUGAGCAUUAUUGAACAAAAAAGUCAAGUGGUAGACCCAAAAAAAAUCAUACCUGCACUGAGCCGGAGGAUCUGAUUGACUGUCCAUCAAGACACAGGGCGGUCUUCGACCCAGAUUAAGGCUCUUACUGGUGCCAACUGCAGAGCAAUAACCAUCAGACAGCAUCUGCGGGAAAAAGGUUUAAAAAAAAAAAGAUUCAAAAAAAAAAUUCAAAGCCCUCGUCUCCUUCAAUGCCACAAAACUGCCCGUUUAGACUUUGCCAGAGACUUUGCCAAACAUGGGACAUUGAAAGGUGUAAAAAGGUUUUAUUCUCUGAUGAGAAAAAAUUUUACCUGACGGUCCAGAUGGCUUCCAACGUUACUGGCAUGACAAGGAGAUCCCACCUGAGAUGUUUUCUACCCGGUGGAGGGGUGUCCAUCAUGAUCUGGGUUGCUUUUUCAUUCCGUGGAACACUGGAGCUUCAGGUGGUGCAGGGUCGUCAAACGGUGGUGGCUUACGUGCAGAUGUUGCAGCGGGCAUCCCUCAUGACUAAGGGCCCUCGUCUGUGUGGUAACAGUUGGGUUUUUCAACAGGACAACGCUGCAGUUCACAAUGCUUGCUUGACGAAGGACUUCUUCAGGGAGAAUAACAUCACUCUUUUGGACCAUCCUGCAUGUUCCCCUCAUUUAAAUCCCAUAGAGAACAUUUGGGGAUGGAUGGCAAGGGAAGUUUAUAAAAAUGGCCAUUAGUUCCAGACAGUUGAUGCCCAUCGUGAAGCCAUCUUCACCACUUGAAGAUGUAAUGUUCCCACUCUCCUCCUGGAGACACUCGCAUCAAGCAUGCCCAAACCAAUUUUUGAAGUGAUUAACAAGAACGGUGGAGCUAAUCAUUACUGAGUCCUACUGAGAACAUUUUUUGUUCUGGUUUGGAGAGUUUUUAGUUAUUUUUUGAGCAAUGGUAUUAAAUCAUCAUCAGCUGAA